AUGAAUUAUAUGAUAGAAGGGACGAUGAGGGCAUUGAAUUAUAUGAUAGAUAAGGGGAGGGUAGGGUUUAGUGAGUGGUCAACAUAGCAGGCAUGGGGCAUCGUUGAGAUGCUGGGCUUGGUGGGAACCAUUAUAGAGCAACCUGAGUAUAAUUUGCUCUCUAGGCAUAAGGUGGAAUUGGAGUUCCUUCCUCUAUACACCAACUUUGGCCUUGGUCUCACCACGUGGAGUCCAUUUACUUUUGGAGUCUUCACUAGGAAGUAUAACACCAAAACCAUUCCUCCUAGUACUCGAUUUUCUUUGGAUAAUAUCAAAUAUAAACCGAAUAGGUCACUAGCUGAUGAUGUGCUGAAAAAGGUGGAUGGACUAAAGCUAAUAACUGAUAAACUUGGUGUUCCUUUAGCUCAACUUGCAAUUGCUUGGUGUGCUGUUAAUCCAAAUGUCUCCAAAGUUAUUACUGGUGCUAUAAAAGAGUCUCGAGUUCUAAAGAACAUGAAGGCCAUUGAACUCAUUCCCUUACUCACUCCUCCUGUAAUGGAAAAAAUCGAGGCCGUUGUUCAAAGCAACCCUAAACUACCAAAAUCAUUAUUGAUAAUCAUUGCAAGAGUUUGA